AUGACAGAUAUUCCAGAAUCUUUGAAGCCCUUUGUCACUAAAAAAGUCAUCCAUUCAACUUGGGCAGGAACUUUUUUAUGUAAACCACAAGCAAUUUUCCAACCAAGAAAUGUUGAAGAGAUCCAAGAGUUAAUCAAACAAGCCAGAUUGCAUGGAAAGACCAUUAUGACAGUUGGAUCGGGUCAUUCUCCAAGUGAUUUGACUAUGACUACGGAAUGGUUAUGUAAUUUAGAUAAAUUCAAUCAUGUAUUAUUAGAAGAGCCAUAUUAUGCCCCAAAAUCACCCACCGAUGACACCCCUGAAAUCAAAUUCGUUGACUUAACAGUGGAAGCAGGAACCAGAAUUUUUGAAUUGAAUGAGUACUUGAAGAGAAACAAUUUGGCAAUCCAAAAUUUAGGUUCUAUUAGUGAUCAAUCUAUUGCUGGGUUGAUUUCUACUGGUACCCAUGGAUCAACUCAAUAUCAUGGUUUAGUUUCACAACAAGUUGUGUCAGUGAAGUUUUUAAAUUCUGCUGGGGAAUUAAUCACUUGUUCUAGUGUUGACAAACCAGAGUAUUUCCGUGCUAUAUUAUUGAGUUUAGGGAAAAUAGGGAUCAUUACUCACGUUACUUUGAGAACUUGUCCUAAAUACACCAUCAAAUCUAAGCAAGAAAUCAUUAAUUUUGAAACUUUAUUGAAUAAUUGGGAUAAUCUUUGGUUGGAAUCCGAAUUUAUAAGAAUAUGGUGGUUCCCAUAUACCAACAAAUGUGUUUUGUGGAGAGCUAACAAAUCAACUGAUCCCUUAUCUGACCCAAGACCUUCAUGGUAUGGUACCAAGUUGGGUAGAUUCUUUUAUGAAUCUUUAUUGUGGGUGAGUGUUCAUUUAUUCCCUAGAUUAACUCCAUUCGUUGAGAAAUUUGUUUUCGGUCAACAAUACGGUGAAGUAGAAACUUUGGGUAAAGGUGAUAUUGCUGUUCAAAAUUCAGUAGAAGGGUUGAAUAUGGAUUGUUUGUUUAGUCAAUUUGUUAACGAAUGGUCAUCUCCAUUGAAUUCCGGUCCAGAAAUCUUAACAGAAUUGAAAAAGAUUAUUACUGACGCGUCUCAAACUGGUGAUUUUUUUGUUCACGCUCCAAUUGAAGUUAGAUGUUCAAAUGUUACUUAUUCUGAUGAACCAUUUACUGAUGAUAAAAACCAGAAAUCAUUGUACCCAUCACAAGAGUGGCUUUCAAAUCGUUCUAAGACGAGUGCUGGCCCAAUUCCAGGUAACAAUUUAAGACCAUAUUUGGACAACUCUCCUAAAUUACCAUAUUCUAAAGACGGCAAGAUUACCAACGACCAAUUAACUUUGUUUAUCAAUGCUACCAUGUAUCGUCCGUUUGGAACUAAUGUUGAAACCCAUAAAUGGUUCCAAUUGUUCGAAGAUGUUAUGAGUAAAGCUGGAGGUAAACCUCAUUGGGCUAAGAACUUUAUUGGAUUGACUCAAGAUGAAAAAUAUGACAAACAGCAAGAUUUGAAAACCCAAUUAGAAUUUGGAGGUAAGCCAUUCUACACAAUGUUGGGUUUUAAACCUGUUAUGCAAGAUUGGUUUGGUAAAGAUUUGGUUGCCUUCAAUAAGGUCAGAAAAGAAACUGACCCAGAUGGUGUGUUCCUUUCUGGUAAAGUAUGGGCCGAAAGAAACGGUAUUUUAUUAGACUAG